AUGGAGAGUUCUCAGAAAAUUAAAGAGUCUGAAGAAUUGCUUCUCAGCCUUCCUAAAGCAAAAGGGUGGUUAAGUCCUGGUCUUUCCCUAUACCAAGGCUUUUAUUGUCCAUCAAAAAUUGUCCCAAACAUAAUAUCUUUUCAAAACCACUUCCAAGCUCAUGACCAAGACAUCGUUCUUGCUUCCAAACCAAAAUCAGGAACCACCUGGCUUAAAGCACUUGCAUUUUCAAUCGUUAAUCGAAAGCGUUGUGAUCAGCUUUCAAACUGUGCCUUGCUCAAAUCAAACCCACAUGAACUUGUACCAUUCAUGGAGUUUUCUUUGUAUGCAAAUAACCAGCUUCCUGAUUUUAGUACCAUGUCUUAUCCAAGGCUGUUUUCCACCCACAUUCCUUAUGAAUCAUUGCCGGAAUCCAUCAAGCAAACCAAUUGUCGAAUCGUCUAUAUUUGUCGAAACCCUCUUGACAUCAUUGUCUCACAUUGGCAUUUUGCAAACCAGGCUUGUUUGGAGCAUAACACACAUUGGACUGUGGAGGAGUUUGCGGAGGCAUAUUGUAAAGGAGAAGAGGCAUUUGGGCCCUUUUGGGACCAUAUGCUUGGUUAUCACAAAGUGAGUAAAGAGAAUACAAACAAAGUGUUGUUUUUGAAGUAUGAGGAGCUGAAAAAAGACACAUUGAAUCAAGUGAAAAAGCUGGCAGAGUUCAUAGGGUUUCCAUUUUCUAAGGAGGAAGAGAGCCAAGGGAUUGUUGAAGAAAUAUUAAAGCUUUGUAGUUUUGGAAAUUUGAAGGAAUUGGAUGUUAACAAGCAUGGGAAAUUUAUGCCAUAUUUUGAAAAUAAAAGCUAUUUUAGAAAAGGUGAAAUUGGUGAUUGGGUAAACCAUCUUAGCGAUUCCAUGGUAGAGAAAUUGAAUAAGGUGAUCCAUGAGAAAUUAAAUGGAUCUGGUUUGACAUUCAAGGAAAAUUGCUAG